CAAGUCCACAGUCCAGGUGGCAGGCGAGCAAGUGUCUGCUCGACUUCAGAAAAAACCAACCAGAAAACCACAAGAUGGCUCAGGGCACCCUACUACUCUCCAUACCUGAGGUCACCGUACACCAACUCAAGCCAACAACUGCCAGCAACAGCAACGACCAAUCGAUCGACUCCACCCUCCUGACCGCAACCAUCCUCAACCUGCUACUCGUCGACAUCCCCUCAACCGCCCUCAAAUCAAUCCCAUCAGUCUCAGAACCACCACCAUACAACAACCUAGAGAAAACUAAUGGAGAACAGCAGCAGGCUCAACAGGCCACCGUCGAGACCUGGCUCGUCCUCUCACUAGCCGAUGGCCUCAUCGAUAUCCCACUCUCACAGUCAUCCCAGAUUUCCUUCCAGCAGCCUCGCUCCUAUCUCGUCCCGAUCCUACCAGGGGAUGCAACCCCAGCUGAGGUCGAUCAAAAGAAGGCUCAUCAAGCUCUAGUCAGGAUCGAUAUUGCUAGCCAUAUUCCCGAUGAUACCAUCGACACCCUCGAUAGCAUCCUAGCCGGCUGGACCCAAUACCCCGGCCGUCAGUCUGCCAAUCAGAACCUACUCUCCCCCAAUCAUAUUCCUUCCAAACCCCACUCCCCACCUCCUCCUUCACAUCCCUCGGGCUCAUCUGCGUACCCAAAGGAAAAAGUUGGUUCAAGACAAUCUCCGUCUAACGGUGCACCCUCCAAGGCACCUUUUCCAUCUGAGGGCCGUUUGGCACUGAUGGAUGAAUCAACUGGUGAAAUCUGUGGAGAACUGACUUCAGAUGUCACAUUCCAAGGCCCGGCGAUCGCCCCACACGCCCCUCCCUACCCAGCAGGCCCUUCACAUCAAGCUCCUAUCAUAGGAGGUCAAUCGGGAGCGCCUCAUCUAUUGCUUGCGGCGCCUCAACCGGUGAUCGUCUCGAUGAACACGUCGGGGCAGGGCCAGGGACAUUCGACGGCCCAAGUCAGCGCGAUCCCGCCCGGCGGGGGCUCCCAGAUCCUCAGUGGGGCCGAAUGGGUCUCCCGUGGAAUCCUGGCGGGCUCGGAGGUGAUCAGCUCGAUGAUCAAGAAGAGUGGGAGCCAGUACCUCGGUAGCGCCAAGCCGGCCGCGACACCGAUCACCUUCUCUACCACCACACAUGCGAAUGCCGACAGGGUCCUCGGCUUCACCCGCUCAGCCUCUAAGGUCUCUGGCAAAGCUGCCACCCUUGUAGGUUCAGUCUUCGGGAAAGUCGGCGACCAGAUCGGAAAAUCUACCGGCAUCCAACGCUCUCCCUCAGGCGCUCCUCCCUCCGGGGCACGCGGAUACGUCCACAAGGGCUUGGUCGCUUUUAAUACCGUCAUGGAAUUCCCUCGAAACCGGGGGGGAAGAAAGUUUUGGCAACUGCGGGCGACACGACCACGGAGGUAGUGACCCAUGCCUACGGAGCCGAAGCGGGCCAGAUUGCGCAAAGAGCCAACCAUGCGGUGCGCAACGUCGGACUAGUCUACAUCGAUGCCCGCGGGGUGACUCGUCGCGCGAUCCUCAAGUCCGUCGGGAAGGCCGCCGUCAGGGGAAGGAUGAAUGACGGCAGGGAGGUCAUCCUCGGCUCGGACGAGACCGUCGACCAGUGGACUCUCGUCUCUAAAGAACCCGAGGCUUGUACGGAUCACAAAAACUCAGAUCCUAGUCAUACGGCUGAGAAGGAUCAUAAGUUUUGACCUUUUUUCUUUCUUUUUUUUAAUUAUAUUCAUAUACACGCUAUAUAGGAUUUCUUGUUAAUCAUUGGUGGGUCACACAUAUAUAGUUUUGUUGAAUAUACAAUCACUUAUUUUCAUACACGAGCAUGGUAUUACAAUACAAUUUAUCAUUGUUUUUCUCACCUGCAUAUAUACAUCUAUUUGAGUACCCGUCUUUAACAUGUAUAUCUUCUACACAUGUCUACAUUGUUAAAUGGAACUUCAUCUUGUAUGUAUCUUAUUGAACCUCUCAUGUUAACAAUCAGCACUCAUACAAUAGUCUCCUUGAAUUAGAUAUCCCCUCUAUGAUGAGGUGAAGCUAUUGUGCACCCUUUUUUGGUCAUUUUUGUUGAUUUUUGUUGGAAAAGCCCACAUCAUCUUAUAAUAUGAUCCCACACACUCACAGUGACAGAG